AUGGGUUUCAGUGACUUUCCUGGGGUCAUCCAGCUCGUCUCUGACAGCACAGAGCAGCUCUGCCCUCCUGUCUACCCCACGGAGCCCUCGACCACGGCAGCGCCGGCGGCUAGAGUAUCCAAGCAGCAGGCGGCUGCUGAAGGUCUUGGCUCCAACCAGAAAGCUGUGAAGUACUUGGGCCAGGACUUUGAGACCCUGAGGCAGAAGUGCUUGGACUCAGGGGUCCUAUUUAAGGAUCCAGAGUUCCCAGCGUGCCCACCAGCCUUGGGCUACAAGGAUCUUGGACCAUGCUCCCCCCAGACUCAAGGCAUUGUUUGGAAGCGGCCCGCGGAAUUGUGUCCCAGCCCUCAGUUUAUCGUUGGUGGAGCCACGCGUACAGACGUUUGUCAGCGUAUGCUAGGUGACUGCUGGCUUCUGGCGGCCAUUGUCUCCCUCACCUUGAAUGAAGAGCUGCUUUACCACGUGGUCCCCAGGGACCAGAACUUCCAGGAGAACUACGGGGGAAUCUUUCAUUUUCAGGCCAUCUGCCUUUGUCUGUGGCCCUUGCGGGUGGAUUUCCGGGGCCAUCCAGAGAAGCUGAUGAGACUCCGGAACCCGUGGGGCGAAGUGGAAUGGAUGGGGGCCUGGAGCGAUGGUGCAUCAGAAUGGAAUUACAUAGAUCCUAGGCAGAAAGAAAAGCUGAACAAGAAAGCUGAGGAUGGAGAAUUCUGGAUGUCUUUUUUGGAUUUCUUGCGGCAGUUCUCUCGGCUAGAGAUCUGCAACCUGUCCCUGGACUCCCUGAGCAGUGAGGAGGGGCACAAGUGGAACCUGAUUCCGUUCAAUGGGUGCUGGAUACGGGGCUCCACUGCCGGCGGCUGAUGGAACUACCCAGCCACUUACUGGACAAAUCCCCAGUUCAAAAUCUGUUUGGAUGAGGUGGGCGACCACCAGGAGGAGAGCAUUGGUGAACCCGGCUGCACGGUGUUGCUGGGGCUGAUGCAGAAGAAUCGCAGGCGACAGAAGAGGAUGGGACAGGGUACGCUCAGCAUCGGCUAUGCUGUCUACAAGGUACUCUGGAGCUGGGGUCCCCAGGGAGGUUUCACCCUCAGCAAGCAGGUACAGCAGACCAUCGCCAUGCGGUAUGCAUGCAGCAAACUUGGCAUCGACUUUGACAGCUUCCUUGCUUGUAUGAUCUGCCUGGAGACCCUCUUCAAAUGGUUCAGCCUUCUGGACAAGGACCAGAAUGACAUUGUCCUGCUCUCUCUGGCAGAGUGGCUGUGCUGUGUGUUGGUCUGA